AUGGACACGGCUGGUUUCCUGAUGCUGCUGCUGAGUUCCUCUCUUCUCUUCUUUGAGGGGAAUAGUUUGGAUGUUCCGUCUGACAUUGAGUCAGCGCUGAAAGAGAUGAGAGCUGCACUGUCUGCACAGCAGGAGGAGAUCAAACUUCUGCAGGAGGAAAACAAGGCUCAAGAGGCUGCACUGGAGCGUCUGCAGACCGGCUCCUCUGUCACGGAACACAAAGUGGAAGCUCUGACUCACCACAAAACAGUGAGGCAGGUGGCCUUCUCUGCAGCUCUGGUUGAUUCUGGAGCAGGUCGGUGGUUUGGGCCUUUUGAGUCUGACACUACACUGGUCUACAAACAUGUGGUCACAAACACUGGAAAUGCCUACGACCCAGACACAGGUGUGUAA